AUGAAUAGUAUUUGUGAUAAAAAUCAAAAGUGCACUUUUAUUGAAAACCAUUCUUAUUUUCAAUGUGAAAAUGAAAAUAUAACUAUUCUUCAGAAAAUAAUACCAUUUGACAAAGUUCAUAAUGGACUUUGUGAUUGUGAAGAUGGUAGUGAUGAAAAUGAAGGUCUUUGCACGUCAAAAAUACAAGAGGUUCUUGAAUUAAAAUUAAAAAGUUUAAAAGAAAAAAGAAAAACUAAUGAAACAAUAUCAGCUAAACGAGACAAAUGGACUAAUAAUGGGAAAGAAGAAGCUCUUAAAGGAAUUAAAUUAUUAAAUUCUAUUAGUGAAGAACUAAACAAAUUUAAAAACACAGAGAAAUAUCUUGAGAAAAUGAGACAAGAACGGUUGAGUUAUUUAUUAAAUCAAACAGAAUCAAAUGAAGAAAAAAAGAAAAUUAAAAAAGCACAAAAUUAUUUUGUGCAUGACGUUAUACCAUUUGGUAUUCAAGAAAGGAUUAAAAAUAUUUUAAGACCAAUCUUUCAUUUUAUUAAUGACUUAAAUCCUGAAGCAAUCAAUGACCAAAAUUAUUGUUCUAUUCGUUAUAAACUCGGUAAAAUAAGAUCAUUUAUUGAAGAAAAAGAGCAACAAACUUUUCAAAGAUUUGCUUAUAAUUCUGCUAUUAUUAGUGGUGACUAUUGCAUUUUUGCAUUAAAUAAUAUUUGUCUAAAAUAUCAAGAUUAUGAAUUAUGCCUUGGAAAGAACUUUACAAAGAAUAAUCAACUUAUUGGGACAUAUAAAGGACAUUUAGGAUAUUCUAACAUUUACAUAGGUUAUUCACAAGGUCAUGAAGUUAGAAGUAAAUUGACUGUACUUUGUGGGAAGGAAAACAAAGUUAGUAUCAUUAAUUUUAUUAAUUUAUCUUCAAUUAAUAUAUUCAUAGAAUCACCUUGUGGAUGUUCAGAUACAAUACUAUUCAAAGAGAUUGACGACCAAAUAAAAUCAAUUGAAACAAUCAUCAAACAACGGACAAAAAAUUCACUUGAUUUAAAUGAUGAAAACCAUAAGAAUAGUCAAAAGAAGGACACAGAGGCUAUUUGA